AAAACCGGAUCAGGCUUGUUUCGGGGCCACAAAUGUUGCUUCUCUCCAUCUCUUUGCCCCGAUCGGUCCGACAGAAGCCACGAGAGGUGCGAGAUUCCACCUGAAGAGUGCUCAAAGAUAAUGUGCGUAUCUCGCUCAGUAUCUACUCCAACCUAGGUAGCCCGAGGCAUUUACAGGCAUUAUAUAAGCGCGGGAGCCUGUCCUCUCUCGAACAGUUGAUCCACCUGUCUUCCUACAGUAAAGCACUUUCUCUCCUUUGCCAGUGAGAGCCCAAACGCUGCAGCAAUGCCUCCGCCCGGUGUGUGUCUGAACAUCAUGGAGGCCCGUCACAAGCAAGACGGCUACGGGAGCCCCUCCAACCCCGCGAGUUUCUUCAACCAGAACUACCAGCAGCUGAAGCAGCACUGUCUCCUCAACAGAGUGAGGUACACCGACGAGAUCUUCCCCCCCAACUCGAACACCAUCGGCAAGGAGUUGCUGGGACCCGCUGAGCUGGCCCGCGUGGUGUGGUGCAGACCGGCCGAAAUGUCUCCAAAACCAUCCUUCAUAGUUGACGGGAUCUCCAGAUUUGACUUUGCUCAAGGACAACUUGGAAACUGCUGGUUCCUCGCGUCUAUCGGAGCUCUGACUUUCCAGCAACAAGUCUUGAGGCAAGUUGUCCCACUUGAGCAAACAUUCGAUGAACACUACUGCGGGCUGUUCCACUUCAGGUUCUGGAGGUUUGGGAAAUGGGUGGAUGUGGUCAUCGACGACAAGCUCCCCACAAUAGGCGGCAGACUAAUCUUCGUCCACUCCAAAGACCAAAAUGAGUUCUGGCCUGCUUUGCUGGAGAAAGCCUAUGCCAAGGUGUGCGGUUCCUAUUCCGACAUGAGAAGUGGAACUCCCGCCGAGGCUAUGAUGGACUUCACAGGUGGUGUCCACUUGGGCAUCAACCUGGCUGAUCCUCCUCCAGACCUGUGGGAGCUGAUGUUCAGAGCUGGCAAUUCUGUCACCCUGAUGGGCUGUGGGACACCUCAGGGGGAGACGUCUGCCAACACUGUAUUGUCGAAUGGGUUGGUCCAAGGCCAUGCUUACACCAUCACAGGUGUCAAACAGACGACAAGCCGAGGGAAACUCGUACACCUGGUUCGUUUCUGGAACCCCUGGGGCAAAGGAGAGUGGAAGGGAGACUGGAGCGAUAAGUCGUCACUCUGGAAGACCGUGAGUGCUCAGGACCGCGAGAUGUGUCAUUCAAUAAGCGACGACGGAGAGUUUUGGAUGACCAUGGCAGACUUCUGUAAGUUCUUCAAUGAGCUCAGCAUCUGCUGCUUGACUCCAGAUUUCCUUGAUGGAAACUCCUCCAGCCACUGGGAGGCCUCCAUGUAUGAAGGCAGAUGGGUGGCAGGGACCACUGCCGGAGGAUGCCUGAACAACAGAGACAGUUUCUGGACUAAUCCACAGUAUCGGAUCAAGGUUGACCAGAUUGAUUCUGAAAAAAACACUCUGGUGUCUCUCAUGCAAAAACCGGACAAGUGGAAUCGACACCUCAUCCAGAAUCACCACAUUGGAUUCUCCGUCUACGAAGUGGCCGAACAAUACAAGGCACAGAGGGGGAAGUUCCCGGCCUCCUUCUUCAACACCCGCGCGGCCGUUGCCCAAACGAAAAAGCACUGGCUCUCGCGCGAGGUGAUGGAGUUGCUCACGCUGAAGCCUGGGGAAUACCUGAUCGUGCCGUCCACCUUCAGUCCCAAUGAGACAUCCUCCUUCGUCCUGACCAUCCACUCCAAAGCAGAGACCCACGGCUACGAGAAUUCUAUUGACCAGAAGCACCAGCCAUUUGAAAGGCUCAAGGACGGAAAUGCAACUGACGAUGAAGAUAAGAAAACCCUUUUCAGUCAGCACUCAGACAAGUUUGAAGAAGUGGAUGCUGAGCAGCUCCAAAAUCUUCUAAAUGAAAAAAUUCUGAAAGGAGAUUUGAAAUCGGGAGGCUUCAGCAUCGAUGCCUGUCGCAGCAUGGUUGCUCUGAUGGAUACGUCGAUCACCGGCAAACUCAACAGUGAGGAAUUUGUCCGUCUGUGGAAGAAGGUGGUUACGUUCAAGGAGGUUUUCUUCCGCACCGAUGUUUCUCGAACGGGAACACUGUCACUGAGGGAACUGAGGAAUGCCUUUCUAACUUCAGGAGUAAGUGUCAGCGAUGACAUGCUGAAUUUAAUCGCCCUGCGCUACGGUGCCUCCUCUGGCCACAUAACACUGGAGAGCUUCAUCAGUCUCAUCCUCCGUUUGGACUGCAUGUACAAAAUCUUCAAACAGCUGUCUGAUGGAAAAGCCAUGAACCUCAGAGAGUCGGAGUGGAUUUAUGUUUCGAUGUACACCUAGGCCAACAGAGAAGACGGCCUAAACAUUUCAAGUGGAAAUACAGUGCUUUAUCUAAUUCAUGAUAGAUUAUGCAAUGGAAUCUUAUUACUUGAUCAUGUCUUCAUGUGAAUUACUGCAUUUCUUGCUUUAGUUGGAUCUUGAUUGUCAUGUUCUGCGAGGACAUUUCUUUCUUGCGGACCUUGUUUGAGACUCUGGAUGAAUUUUGUGAACUCGUCAUAGAUCUUUGUUUCUUUGUGGACUUUGUAUAGGAUUUCUGUGAUUUUUGCCCCAAUUUGUUUUCUGUGAUUAUUGCUCCAGUUUGUAUCUGUUUCCUGUUAGUUUAAUCCUGUUUCCAGGCUCUCUACGUUUUAAUUUGUUACUUGGUGCCUGCUUUUCAGUUGGGUUGGUUUUUGAGUUUUGCAUCGGUUGGCUGUUCUGUUGCCAUUCUUUUGUUUGGAUUAAGAGUCAACAUGAGUCCAUUAGUGCAAAAACUAUUUGGAUCAUUUUUUAAAUGUUCUCUGAAUAAAAGAGAUUAUUUUUUGGCAAAAACUUA